ACUCUGAUUGGGUUAUUUUAAUGAGACUCAUAGUGAGCUGAGAUUUUUGCUAUGAGUCAGUCAUCCAUGCUACCCCCUUUUUUUUUUUUCUCCACAUAGUUUAGUGUGUCAGUGCGUUAAUAUUUGGCGUGCUCAACCCUUCACCCUUCAGAUAAGUGAGCGGUGGCUGGCUCAUGCUGCUCCAACGCUGCAUUUUCUGCGUAGUUGUCACUUUGCUGUGUUCAAAUGCUCCUCGAAUGCUCCGACUUUACAGCAUCGAGGGUGCUCACAUUUUCUGUUCUGCGCUUUAUUUCUGCUAAAUAAAAUAAAUAAACAUGCAAGGAGAUGUGCGUGUUAAUGGUGUUUUUUUUACACUUGGUAAUACAGUGUGUCCUAGCGAUCUCUCACGGUUUAUUCCGUGUUUCGUCGUAGGCUCCGUUGAAGAUUCCUGACGGUCCUUGAAGGCGGGGCGGGUGACGGCGUGAAAAGGGAACUCCCAGCGUCUCCAGGCAGUCACAUACCGCUUCACCCAUGAAAACACCGGACAGACUCACAGAGGGUUGUGUUGUACCACAUUGCGGUCAGAAACCACUACGAUUUUAAAGAGAAGCCCUUCAACAUUUCGACGGCAAGUCCGUUUCCCUCCUAUCCUCCCUCUUUCCUGGUAUGCAGUCGAUCAGAACUUGCCUCCAGCUGUACCUCGCACUCCCCCGAACACAAGCAGAGCCAUCCUGUGUCCACCGCUGACGUCUGGGUUGCAGCGUGUGUGGAGACGAGCUGAUGCGGUGAAAAAAACCAAACAAGGUCACUGUGGUUCACCUGCUAUCUAUUAGCCCUAGAGUGACCCUGCUACUUUCCACCCCCAUCACCUCUAGAGGAGGCUGGGCUGCCUCUAGGUGCAAGAAAAUACCAUGUGCCAAAACUGGAGAGGACUUAGCAUUGCCCCAUAGACAGCCAAAAUUCUCGUGAACCUCCCCCUCUAGUCUGAAGACCCCUCCUUAUCCUCUGCAUUGCCCACUGGCCAAGAUGAAGAAGGUGGCAUCAUGGACAGCAGAGGACGUCUCCGAUUGGUUGAGCAAAGAGGGGAUACCAGAAUACAUAGAGGCUCUCCGUCAGAUGGACGGCCCUGCUCUGCUGAGGCUCACCGAGGCAGAUUUCCAGAAGCCUCCCCUCUCGCUGGUGUCAUGUGAUGGCGGGCAGCAGCUGUUAGAGCGCCUGGAGACGCUGCGGAUAGAAAAUCAUAUCGAGGCACACAAAAACGGCCAUGCAAACGGGCACGCCGGUGGACUACCUAAUGGAACUAGCAAGCCUCAAAGGAACGGUGCAUUGGGGAUGAAGGACUUCAGGACUGAGAUGGUCCACAUCCCCAUCCCUACAAUGGAAACUACGCGCUCCUCGUUCCCUGCCGAGUGGGGGAAGACGGGCAUAGCGUACAUCUAUUCAGUGGUGUGGUUUGUUACCACCACAGUUGUCAUUUCAGUGGUCCAUGAAAGAGUGCCACCAAAGGAGCACACCCCACCCCUGCCCGAUAAAUUCUUCGACCUGUUUGACAGGGUGGAGUGGGCCUUCUCCAUCUGUGAGAUUAACGGCAUGCUGCUGGUGGGACUGUGGCUCAUCCAGUGGAUCUUACUCAAGCACAGGUCAAUUGUAGGCAGGCGGUUCUUUUUCAUUGUGGGCACACUCUAUAUGUACCGGUGUAUUACAAUGUACAUCACCACUCUGCCUGUUCCUGGGAUGCACUUCAAAUGCUCUCCAAAGCUUCUCGGGAACUGGGAGGCACAGAUGAGGAGAAUAAUGAAGAUGAUUGCUGGUGGGGGCUUAUCAAUCACAGGUUCUCACACCAUGUGUGGAGAUUAUCUGUACAGUGGCCACACCGUCAUGUUAACACUAACGUAUCUCUUCAUCAAAGAGUAUUCUCCCAAGCGGUUCUGGUGGUAUCACUGGUUUUGCUGGACGUUGAGCGCUGUGGGGAUUUUCUGCAUCCUUCUGGCACACGACCACUACACUGUGGAUGUGGUGGUUGCGUACUUUAUCACUACACGCCUCUUUUGGUGGUACCAUACUAUGGCUAACCAGCAGUCGCUGAAGGAGACGUCACAGAGUAACCCGUUCUCGCGGGUGUGGUGGUACAGACUGUUUCAAUACUUUGAGGAGAACGUCAACGGCACGGUGCCUCGUCACUAUCAGCUGCCGUUGUCAUUACGAUCGCUGCAGUGGAACCGCGGCGUAAAGUACAGCAAACUGGACAUCCAGUGACCCUUUUAUCAUGUCAAAGCAAGUGAGGACUAUGACUUUUAUAAGUGCUGUUUUUACCCCAUGGAAGACUGCACUGUUAAAUGUAGCGCGCUGUCCUUUCACCUCUAGUAACAGACACAUCCCUGUCCAAAUGGGUAGCACUGUGACCCACCUAGUAUCAUUUUUUUUCUUUCUCUGUUUUCUUUCAUCCUCUUUCUCUGGUAGUAUUUCUCAACACAGAGCACUAAAUUAUAUUUGUUUUGUGUCUUUUUCUCUUUGUGGGCCACAUAACUCAGUUUUUUUUUUGUUUUUUUUUGGCCAUAAGGACUCAUCAAUUUUAUUUCCUCUCUGCACAAAACCAUAGUUAAUGGCUUCAUGGUCUUACAAGAUUUUUUAGUGCAAAUGGUGUCAAUCAAAUGCUUAUUUGAUAACCAAAAUGCCAUAAGCAUUUCUUCUUCUUCUUCUUCUUCUUGUUCUUCUUCUUCUUUUUUUUUUUUAUAGCAAAUUACUUUUUGUAAACUGACCUUGCUAAAAAUGAGUCAAAGGUGCAAAAAAUAAGUUUUUUAAGUAUGUCAAACUUUAUUUUUCAAAAACAAAUGAUGUCCAAGAAAAGAUUUUUAGAUUUUUACCUUUUUCAAGAUGGAUAACUGAGAGCAUAAGAAUCUAAUGUGGUAUAACAUUAUUCCAGUGCCUUUCUUAGCUUGAUUGUAAACAGUUCAAGUACUAUGUGUCUUGUGUCUCUCUGCCGUGGUGUGACCACACCGCGGUACGAGGUGGUACUUAACGUUUAACGUUCUCGGUCUCGUUCCCAUGAAUGUAAAAACAACUACGCCAGCCUUACCAGAAAAUUGGUUUUCCCAAAAUUAAGUACAGUGAGUGAAAUGUCCCGUUUAUUUAUUGAUGCUUUAUGAUGUCAGUUUGUGUUUAGUUGGUCAAUGCUGUUCUAACAGAAAAAAUGACUGUUAACUGUAUUUUUUUUUUUUUUACUUCUGUAACAUUUCAUUUUUACCAAUCAGUCUUUUACCAACACCAACCAUGUUCAAAGCCCAUCACCUGUGUACACCACCACCACGUCUUUACUUCCCACCGCAACAUGAUCUGCUAAACAUCACUGCCUGAUUGGAAAUUGCAAAAGAAAUGUCUCCGAGGUGCAGAGUUAAGUUAUUCUGUACCUCACCCUCUUUUGCAUCAUCGCUGCAUCUCUUGCGUAGGCGAUAAUGAGCCCCUCUCUUGUUCCCCACAACGAGUUUGAAUUAUUCUCAUUACCAUUUUGUCUUCUAACCUUUUGGGCGAUGAGAGCGUAGACGAAAGUGUUUGUUGUGACACCUUUUUGUCGAGUUAAGGGAAUGUUAAAGUUGCGAAAAUGGGAGCUUCAGACAGCUUCUGAGCAUGUCUGUGAUGAAUCUGUACGUGCUUUUUAUGGUUUGUCUUGUGCUAAACCAAGCUGCUACCUUACAGUUUGAAGACAGUGUUUUUUUUCCUGAACAACACCACAACAAUCUUCUUUCAAGAAGUAUGGGAACUUGUGUGUGGGGAACAAGCUGCAGCAUGAUGCACAGAGCUGAUAUGUUUGCGUUCAGACGAGAUACCAUUGAUUUCCAUGAAUGUGAAAAUGCGUCCUUAUUGAUGAUCCUAAUCAUUUACAUGUUGUUGCUUUUUCUUUGUGUAACUAUGACUGAACUCUAAAUAAGUAUUGCACAAGUUCAUCUUUAGGGAAGGUUUUAACUUAUGUGAAACUUUAAUUUCAAAUUAAACUGAUUAGUUUCAAUGAAGAACUGCACUAAGCUUUAGAUUAUACAAAUCCAAAUAAAUAAUAAUCAUGAUGUGAUUUUAAUUUCUUUAAACAUUGUCAAAAGGAGGAGGUGAGAACGACAUUUCAAUGAGAGCUUAUGAUAACUUUUAGUUUUGAUGUUGGAGAAAUUACAGCACAGGCGUGUACCCUCCAUUCUGUAGCACUGUCCAAUCACUUCACUCCAUCUACAAAGAACGGUUUCUCGAGCACAGCAGUUUCCUCACAUUAUGAUUGAAGGUAACGUUUGAAGUAAUGGUCCAAACGUUUGAAGGAGUUUGAUAAGGAUCAUGGUUGGAGUUAAUGUUUGUCGUUAUAGUUUGCCAAUCAAGUUGGAUUUUUCUUUGUUCAUCUCAAAGAAAUUAAAGUUUGUUAUCCCGUAUGUUUCUCUGUAAAUGUAUCACCCACUUUUCCCUUCUUUUGUGUGUAUACCAGAUGUUUGUAAGAUAUGAUAAAGGAUUCUACUUGGGACGCUUUUGAAUAAAACAUUUUACGAUAAUGUA